UCCACACCUGAGAGGAUGGCUUCGGAUGGAGCACCUCCACUGCCGGGACAGGAUGUGACCCUGAAACCCGGUGCUGCCCUGUGUUCUUUCAGUGCACUCCCCUUCCCCCAGUCUGCUCCUGGCCCACCAGACCAGUCCCCCUGGGAGCCUCCUCCACAGCCCCCCCUGCCUCCAGCAUUCUCUGCAGGGAACCCUCUGGUGCUCUCUGCUCCUAGCCCAUUGUUGGUGACAGGGGAUGGGGGCCCUGGGCCCACUGUGGCUGGAGAUGUUGUCAAAGUCACGACGGAAGGGGCGCCGGUGGAGCCCUCUCAAACUCAGAGUUUCAUCCUCACUCAGCCAGCCCUCAGUUGGAUCGCUGCAGGGGCCCCUGAGGGUCCUCCCCGUCAAUUCGUGACAGCCCCUAACGUGAAGACCCUUCUGCCCACCAAAGCCAUUGCAGUGAGCCCAGAGGGCCUCCCGGGCCUUCCUGCUCAAGCUCCAACACCAGCUGCCCAACUGGCCUCCGUCGUGCGCCCAGAACAGGCUUGGCCAGGACCACACAGGGCAACCGGAGAAGGAGGUCCUUCGGCCGCCCAAGCCAAGCCGUCACUGGGUGACCUCUCCUAUACCUCCAAAGGUGUUUAUGAGAACUUCCGUCGCUGGCAGCGCUACAAAGCCUUGGUGCGGAGGCACCUAUCUCACAGACCUGAUGCAGAAGCCCUUUCCUGCUUUCUUAUCCCCGUGCUUCGCUCCCUGGCCCGGCUGAAGCCUUCUAUGACCCUGGAGGAGGGACUGCCAAGGGCUGUGCAGGAGUGGGAGCACACCAGCAACUUUGACCGGAUGAUCUUUUAUGAGAUGGCAGAAAAGUUCCUGGAGUUUGAGGCUGAGGAGGAGAUGCAGAUUCAGAACACGCAGCUGAGUAGUGGGCCCCAGGGCCUGCCUCCUGCAGCCCCUCUGAAACUCGACCCUCCGGGGCUUGUGGCCCCUGAGCUUAGCCAGCAGCCAGUGUACAUUCCCAAAAAGGUGGCUCCCAGGGCACGCGCCCCCCGCCGGCGGCAGCGCAAACCCCAGAGGCCUGUGGUCCCUGAGGCGCCCAAGGAGGUCCCGCCGGAGGCUGUGAGGGAGUACGCUGACAUCGUGGAAGGGCUGCUGGGGGCGUCGGACUGGAAACAGGACGACGAAGAAGAGCAGCAGCAGGACGAGGAAAGGAUGUGUCCCGACCCAGGCCUCCUCAGCUACAUCGACGAGCUUUGUUCUCAGGAGGUCUUUGUCUCCAAGGUGGAGGCCGUCAUUCAUCCUCGAUUCCUGGCCGACCUGCUGUCCCCAGAGCAGCAGAGGGACCCGUUGGCCUUAAUGGAGGAGCUGGAGCAGGAAGAAGGACUCAGCCUUGCCCAGCUGGUCCAGAAGAGGCUCCUGGCCUUGGAGGAGGAGGAUGCGGAGGCCCCUCCUAGUUGCAGCGGAGCUCCGUCGGACUCUAGUCCCUCUGGUUCGGACGAGGAUGAAGAUGGGGGUGGGCGGCUUUGGCCCUCCCCUGGGCCUCGGGUUGCUGGGGGUGCUGUUCACUUGGGAAAGGCUGCUUCUCCAGGAGAACAGGGGAGAGAAGUCCAGGGUGGGGAGCGGGCUGUCGACGGCCUCCAAGAGGUGCACAGAGAUGGGAAUGCCGUGCCACCCCCCAGCAGCUGGGACCUGCAGCUGGACCUUCCAGCUCCACAGGGGCCUCGAGGGUCCAGAAACAUGGAGAAGAGAGGGGCCAGGAAGGUGACAAAUCAGAUGUCCCCACAUGGGGUUGACCCUCUAGGAGGUGUCAUGUCACUGGGGCAGCCCCUGGUGGUUGACAGAAUUGCCGAGACUCUGCCCCUUUGUUGGCAGGGAGGCCCCCCACCUGACCCGGGUUCCGGUUUGGGUGUGCGACUUGUAGAGCUGGCUCCUCUGCAAGGACAAGGGUCAGAAGAGCAGGUCCUGGGGCUGCAGACAGGACAGGGGCUAGGGGGGCCUGCAGUGCUUCCUCAAGAGAUGGAGCCGUGUGCAGUGCCCCAGAAAGGCUCUUCAGGAGCCAUGUGGGGGGAUGACGGAGGUCCUCCGGGGGUUUCCAGUUACAAUGAGAACCCCUCCCCCAGAGCGGCUGGUGACAGGGAUGGGGAUGUAGUCUCCCUCAGUCGGGGACUUUGGCUGAGCAGUGAGCUGGCCGCCGUGGGCUUGGAGUUGCCCUUACAAAUGGAGGAGGUCAUAGAGAACUUCCACAGCAGGGAGAGUGUCACUGAGCAUCAGGGAGGCUGCCAGGCAGGGGGCUCCAGCAGCAGCAGUUCUCAGGGUCCUGGAGAAACCGUGGCACCUGGAGACGAGGGGGGCAGUGCAGUUCCCUGCGGAGGCACAACUGGCACAUCUGCCCUGCAGAAGAGAAACGACUGCAGCCUGCCGGGCCCUCUGGUGGCCAGCAGCCCAUCCUUGAGGCCUAACGUAAACUCCGAACAGGGCCCUGAGGCUGCCGGGGAUCCCAGUAGUGGUCUGUGGGUGGAAGGAUGCCCCCCUUUGCCGGAAGGCAGACUCAGUGCCCCCACCCUGGGACCUCCCAGAGAAACCCUUCAGCCCGCGUGUCCUGGCAACGUCCUGGUGCUGGGGGCCCAGGGUGUCCCCUCCUUUCCCCAGGCCGCUCUGGGGCCGUGGAGCGGAGGCCAGUCCAGUUCUCCUGUGUUGGAAGCCACAGAACAACACGUCCACCUACUGGAUAUUGGAGAUGUCUGCGGCCUCCAGCUCGGGGGCCGUGAGGACAUGGGCCCACCGCAGUUUACUUCCUAUGCCACCCGGGGCCGGGGCAGGGAGGAUGCUGACCUCCGGCAGCCUCCCGGCUUUGAGUCCCUCUCAGGGAAUCGGGAGUCUCAGGCCCAGGGGCCGCCCAAAGCCGCGUGUCCCUGCCAGGGCCUGGGGCCCCCGAGCGAUCGGUGGGGCGCCAGGGCCACCCUGGUUCUCUCAGGGGCCUCUCCUCUCAGUGAGUCCUGCAGCUCUGCGGACGGGGCCAGAGGGAAGCAGGGGGGCGAGGGGCAGGAGGAGGACGAGGGGCUCUCGGGCUUCGCCUACCUCCUGGCGUCCAAGCUGAGCCUGUCGCCGCGGGACCCUGCCCUGGGCCCUCAGCCAGCCCCGGGCCUGGCCCCGACGGCGCGGGGGCCCCACGGAGCGCGCCCCUGCCUGUCCACGGAGGUGGGCAGCCUCGACCCGGCCCCACGUGCCGCUGCUGCGCCUGGGAGGAGGACGGUGGGCGCGGGAGGCCCGGCUCCGGCUGCCGAGGGGCCCUACCCUGGCGCCCAGCCCGGCGUCUGCGGGGACGAGUCCCCAGGGCGGGCCCCACAGCCCCGCAAGCGGCGGCGGGACACCUUUGCCAGCGGCCGAAGGAAGAAACGGCGCCGUAGCCGGUAGGGGCGGGAC